GUGUGUGUGUGUGUGUGUGUGUGUGUGUGUGUGGCGGCCUGGCCACCUAUUCACUGAGCCUGUGAAUCCCUCCCUGAAGGGUGCCUUCAGCCGCUGCUAUAAGCUGACGGACAUGUCCACCAGCACUGUGUUUGCUCUCAAGGUGGUGCCGCGUGGGGGGCCCGGGGUCCGGAGUCUGCGCCCCUUUGGGAAGGUGGAGCAAGAGAUCGCCCUGCACAGCCGCCUACGACACCGCAACAUCGUGGCCUUCCACGGACACUUUGCUGACCGUGACCACGUGUACAUGGUGCUGGAGUACUGCAGCCGCAAGUCCUUGGCCCACGUGCUGGAGGUGCGGCGGACGCUGACGGAGCCUGAGGUACGCUACUACCUGCGGGGCCUGGUGAGCGGCCUCCGCUACCUGCACCAGCAACGUAUUGUGCACCGAGACCUAAAGCUCAGUAACUUUUUUUUGAACAAGAAUAUGGAGGUGAAAAUCGGGGACCUGGGGCUGGCUGCCAGGGUGGGGCCAGGGGGCCGAUGCCACAGAGUGCUCUGUGGGACCCCAAACUUCCUGGCCCCAGAGGUUGUCUCCAGGAAUGGGCAUUCCUGCCAGUCAGACAUCUGGGCUUUGGGCUGCAUCAUGUACAUGGUGCUGACUGGCGACCCACCCUUCGUGGCGGCUUCCCUGUCAGAGAUGUAUAAACACAUCCGAGAAGGCCGUUACCAGGAGCCUGCCCACGUGUCGCCCAAUGCCUGUCGCCUCAUUGCCCGCCUGCUGGCACCCAACCCGGCCGAGCGGCCCAGUCUGGACCACCUACUGCAGGACAACUUCUUCACGCAGGGUUUCACUCCGGACCGGCUGCCACCCCACUCCUGCCACAGCCCACCCAUUUUUGCCAUUCCUCAGCCUCUGGGCAGGCUUUUCCGGAAGGUGGGCCAGCUGCUAAUGAGCCAGUGCCAGCUACCCUGCCCCCACACCCCCAACGAGGCCUCUUGUCCAGAAGAUGGUCCUGACGCUGACUUCAUGGAGCGGGGCAGUGAGGGGUUGGGGCACCCCUCACCCCUGCUCCCUCCCCAGGACUCCCUGUUGGAGAGAGGGGCUCUCCGACCUGAGGUCCCUGUCCACCUGUUCACCCAAGGGACCCUCCAGAGUGACCCAGCUGGGUCUCGGGGGAGCCCAAGACAGGAGGUGGAGGAGGCCAUUAGAAACCUACAGCUCUGCCUGAACCCUGGACCUCCAGUCACGCAGGACCCCCCGAGAGAGCAGUGGCCCGUCCUCUGGGCCCCCAAGUGGGUGGAUUAUUCCAGCAAGUACGGCUUCGGCUACCAGCUGUUGGACGGGAGCAGCGGUGUCUUGUUUCGGGAUGGCACCCACAUGGCCCUGCGUCCCCCCGGGGGCCAGGUCAGCUACAUGCCUGACCGAGGGAAGCUGGAAGUGUUUGCCCUGAGGGAUGUGCCCAGCUCACUGGGUGCCAAGCUGGCUGUCCUGCGACUCUUUGCUGGCUACAUGCAGCAGCGGCUUCGAGAGGAAGAGGGCCUGCCUGCGCCCACCCAGUCUGCCAGCCCCGGCCUCUGCCUGCUGCGCUUCCUUGCAUCCCAGCAGGCCCUGCUGCUGCUCUUCAGCGACGGCACAGUGCAGGUCAGCUGCAGGGGAGACCAGGUUCACCUGGUGCUGAAUCGGGGGCCUGAAGAGUUGCUGCUCAUGGUCUGGGAACGGGGCCAGGUUGGCGCCUCUUACACGCUGGGGAUCCUGCAGAGCCACGGCUGUCCCCCCGCCGCUCGCCAGUACCUGCAUCGCGCUCUCUGCAUGCUGCGGAGCAUCUAGCACCCCCGGGGGGCAGAGGGGGCCUCUGCAUGUUGAUGCCAGGGACCCAGGCUCCAUUUUUGUUUCUGUUCCUCCAGAGGGGAUGGCCUUGGGGGCAGCUGGGGAUGCUGGCAGGUGCCUGGGAGGUGGGGAGUCUUUGCCUCAUGGUAUGACUGUUCAACCCAGACUUUUGUUCAGCUUUGUUCUUUUUUUUUCAUUAAAGAAAACUUGCUCUGGCCGAUGUGGCUCAGUGGUUGAGCAUUGACCCAUGA